CUACCUAUUGUUAUUCCAUGGAUUUCAACACGUCACUUCCGUGGAAAGGAACGAUCGCUGGUUGGUAGCCUUGAUACUUUCAUUUCCUGCGUGGCCGUGUAGAGGAGAACAGCGCUUAGUGCGGCUGGGUAACCUGAAACCAAGAUGAGUUCUAAAGUUUCCCGUGACACGCUCUAUGAGUGUGUGAGAGAAGUGUUGCGGCAUUCCCAAGAAAAGAAGAGGAACUUCUUGGAAACUGUGGAGAUCCAGAUUGGCCUGAAGAAUUAUGAUCCUCAAAAGGAUAAGCGUUUCUCGGGCACUGUAAAGUAUGUUGAAUUCACCUAAGCUUGAGGUGCUUUUAUUGUUCAAAAUUUUGAGGGAAGUUUUCAUAUUUAUCAUAAAUAUUACCAUAAGAACACCUCAUUGCUUUAGGAAGCCAGGUUUUACUUGGCGGACCUGUACCCAGGGUCUUAAAAUAAUUGGGGAGGUCAUUAGUGUUAAGCUUUUGACCAUAUAAAGUCCUGAGUUACCAAAAGUUUUUGGUAAGUAGAACAAGGUUUUCAGAAUAAGUUUUUCUUGAACACUGAAAGAGCUAGUCCCGAAUUAUAAAGAAAAUCAAAGUUGUCUAUCCAUGCUCCUCAAAAUCAGAGGUACAAUUAGUAUUAUUAAUGGUAGUGACCUACAAAUUGAUUAGGAUUAAAGUUUAAUUUUUGUUAAUUUUAUCCUGGUUAUAUCAGUCAAGAUGAUUGCACUCUUACUAGCCUAUAAAUAGUAUGUUUUGGGGCUGAGAAGAGUGCACAUAUUAAGGGACAUGUAGACAGCCUUUGUAGUUUUCUGCCAAGGUUCAUAAAUGCACCCACAGAAGUUAUUUCACCAACAGUAGCUAUUUCUUAAUGAGUAAAUCAAUCAUUUCUUGUAACGUUAUUUUAACUCUGUUUAGGUUAAAGCAUAUUCCCCGUCCUAAGAUGCAAGUGUGUAUAUUGGGUGACCAACAACAUUGUGAUGAGGCGAAGGCCAAUAAUGUACCCUUCAUGGACGUGGAAGGCUUGAAGAAAAUGAACAAAAACAAAAAACUUGUAAAGAAGUUAGCCAAGAAGUAUGAUGCUUUUUUGGCCAGUGAAGCACUAAUUAAGCAGAUUCCCAGACUGCUGGGUCCUGGCUUGAACAAAGCAGGCAAAUUUCCUGGGUUAUUGUCGCACCAGGAAGGAAUGAUGGCAAAGAUUGAUGAAGUAAAGGCAACUAUCAAGUUUCAAAUGAAGAAGGUUUUGUGUCUGUCUGUCGCAGUUGGUCAUGUAGGAAUGACUGAAGAUGAACUUGUACAAAAUGUCCAUUUGGCAAUCAAUUUCUUGGUAUCUUUGUUGAAAAAACAUUGGCAAAAUGUGCGUUCGUUGCAUGUAAAAUCCACAAUGGGACCUCCCCAGAGACUGUAUUAAAUGGUUAAUAAAACAAUGAUUCUGAUGGAUGAAUGUCUAUUGAUUUGACCUUUCUUCCUUAGAUCCUUUUAUU